AUGGCGGUGACAUCAGCGUGCAACAAAAUGGGGGCGAUGGACAACGGGAAGUACGUAAGGUACACCCCGGAGCAGGUGGAGGCAUUAGAGAGGUUGUACCACGAGUGCCCCAAGCCUAGUUCACUGCGCCGGCAGCAGCUGAUCCGGGAAUGCCCUAUCCUCUCCAACAUCGAGCCCAAGCAGAUCAAAGUCUGGUUCCAAAACAGAAGAUGUAGGGAAAAGCAGCGAAAAGAGGCGUCGAGGCUUCAGGCAGUGAACAGGAAAUUGACGGCCAUGAAUAAGCUGCUGAUGGAGGAGAACGAUCGGUUGCAAAAGCAAGUCUCCCAGUUGGUGUACGACAACAGUUUUUUCCGCCAACACUCUCAAAAGGGAACAAUGGCCUCCACAGAUAACAGUUGUGAGUCUGUGGUGACAAGCGGUCAGCCCCGCCAUUUGACUCCUCAACAUCCACCUAGGGAUGCAAGUCCUGCUGGACUUUUGUCCAUUGCAGAGGAGACUUUAACAGAGUUUCUAUCGAAGGCCACUGGAACUGCUGUGGAGUGGGUCCAAAUGCCUGGGAUGAAGCCUGGUCCGGAUUCCAUUGGAAUCAUAGCUAUUUCUCAUGGUUGCACUGGUGUAGCAUCACGUGCAUGCGGCCUCGUGGGACUCGAACCCACACGGGUGGCCGAAAUUCUUAAAGAUCGGCCUUCAUGGUAUCGUGAUUGUCGAGCGGUCGAUGUUCUCAAUGUCAUGUCUACUGCUAAUGGUGGAACCAUUGAAUUGCUUUACUUGCAGCUCUAUGCACCCACGACUUUGGCCCCUGCUCGUGACUUCUGGUUACUACGCUAUACAUCUGUUAUGGAGGACGGGAGUCUUGUGGUAUGCGAAAGAUCAUUAAACAACACCCAGAAUGGACCCAGCAUGCCACCUUUGCAGCAUUUUGUAAGAGCCGAGAUGCUUCCAAGUGGAUACCUAAUAAGACCGUGUGAAGGUGGCGGCUCCAUUAUUCACAUAGUUGAUCACAUGGAUUUGGAGCCAUGGAGUGUGCCUGAAGUGUUGCGUCCACUAUAUGAAUCCUCAACUCUUCUUGCUCAGCGGACAACAUUAGCGGCUUUACGGCAUCUAAGGCAAAUCUCCCACGAAAUAUCACAGCCUAACGUCACCGGAUGGGGACGAAGGCCAGCAGCUUUACGUGCUCUAGGACAAAGAUUGAGCAGGGGUUUUAAUGAGGCUCUCAAUGGGUUUGCGGAUGAUGGCUGGUCCACGAUGGAAAGUGACGGAGUUGAUGAUGUCACUAUCCAAGUGAACACUUCUCCCGAGAAAUUGAUGGGCACGAUUUCGACCUACGCGAACGGGUUCCCCUCGAUGAGCAAUGCUGUUUUAUGUGCUAAGGCAUCAAUGUUGUUACAAAAUGUUCCUCCUGCUAUACUGUUAAGGUUCCUACGUGAACACCGUUCGGAGUGGGCCGAUUGUGGUAUCGACGCCUAUUCUGCUGCUGCUGUUAAAGCGAUCCCAUGUACUCUGCCCUUGGCUCGAGUAGGAUGUUUUGGCGGUCAGGUUAUACUUCCGUUGGCCCAUACUAUCGAAAAUGAAGAGUUUGUGGAAGUGGUUAGGCUCGAAAACAUGGCCCAGUACAGAGAUGACAUGAUUAUGCCUAACGAUAUCUUUCUCUUGCAAAUGUGCAAUGGAGUGGACGAGAAUGCGGUUGGCACGUGUGCGGAACUUAUAUUUGCCCCUAUUGAUUCCUCUUUCUGUGAUGAUGCGCCCCUUCUUCCUUGUGGUUUCCGUAUUAUUCCACUUGAUCCGAAAGCAGAUGGGAACAGUCCGAAGCGCACACUGGAUCUUGCGUCCACUCUAGAAGUGGGCCCCACAGGGAAUCGACUGUUGUCGGGCGACCACGUAAAAUCGGUGAUGACGAUUGCAUUCCAGUUUGCGUUUGAGAUGCAUCUGCAGGAAAGCGUGGCUGCCAUGGCCAGACAGUAUGUUCGUAGUAUUAUCUCCUCUGUUCAAAAGGUCGCAUUGGCACUCUCUCCUUCACGCCUUGCUUCGCCUGCCCCACCCGCCACGCCCCAGGCCAAUACACUUGCCUCUUGGAUUUGCCAAAGCUAUAAAUUUUUCUUGGGGGUGGAGUUACUCAAACCUGUGGCAGAAGGAAAUGAUGUCCUUCUGAAAUCAAUCUGGCACCACUCUGAUGCUGUGUUGUGCUUCUCCUUAAAGCCAUUGCCAGUUUUUACAUUUGCAAAUCAAGCGGGACUUGAUAUGCUCGAGACAACAUUAGUUGCACUCCAGGACAUUUCACUAGAGAAGAUAUUCAGUGACAACGGCAAAAAGACACUCUUUGCCGAGCUCCCACAGAUCAUGCAACAGGGUUUUGCGAGUGUUGAGGGCGGCAUUUGCAUGUCGAGCAUGGGACGCCCGAUUUCGUAUGAAAGAGCAGUAGCUUGGAAGGUGUUGAAUGAACAAGAAGAUACCCAUUGCUUGUGCUUCAUGUUUGUUAAUUGGUCUUUUGUUUGA